AUGCAGCCUGGUCGAUCUCCCUUAACGGCAACGUACGCCCAUCCACGAUCAACACCUAGCAAGUUUCUGCCUGCCAUCAGUGCCAUGGCUUCAAGCUAUAAGGCCCGUUUUCCUUACUACCCGCUGCCUCAGAGCUCCGGCCUCCCCUGGAUGCCCAGCACCUACUACAAACCAGCUGCCAUCAACCCAACUUUGGCUCCCUUUUCCAAAAGUUCCCAGGGGAUGACCGCCAGCAAGAAGCUUCCUGACAUUGCCAACAGAACAACCUUCAUCACCCGGUACACCCCUGAGGACUGGCACAGGUCCAACCUGACCAACUACAGAGAGUCAGAAACUUGCCAGCACAACGCGGAGCGUCUGAGAGUUGAUACCUCCCGCCUGAUUCAGGAUAAAUAUCAGCAGACAGAGAAGACACAAGGAGAAAGCACCAAAAACCUGGGAGUUCGUGCCAAUGAUAUUGGAUUUUGGAAAUCGGAGCUCUGCCGUGAGCUGGGUGAGAUGAUCGGGGAGACCAACGCCCUCACGGACAUGAAGAAAAGGCUGGAGAGAGCCUUGGCCGAGACGGAGGCCCCUCUCCAGGUCGCUCAGGAGUGCUUGCUUCAGCGGGAGAAGAGGAUGGGCAUUGACCUCGUCCAUGAUGACGCGGAGAAACAGCUCUUCACAGAAAUCGAUGUCAUCAGGUCGUGCCAGGAGAGGAUGCAGCAGUACCUGGAUAAGACAAAAGCCCAGCUCACGUCCAACAGAGUGGCCCAGCACGAGCUGGAGAGAGACCUGGCCAACAAGCAGGCGGCCCACCACAUCGAUGACAAGUGCCACCACCUGAGGAACACCUCCCACGGCAUCAGCUACUACCGAGGGGUGGAGCGGGUCGAUGCCACGAUCUCGGUGCCAGAGUCCUGGGCCAAGUUCACAGACGGCAACAUCCUCCGCUCCCAGAGCGAACGGGCGGCCUCUGCCAAGCUGCGGGACAACACCAGGAACCUGCUGGAGGUGACAGCCAACGAGAUGCGGUGCCAGUUCAACAGGGUGAACGUCGCCUUCACCAGCCGCAUCGCCGAGACAGCCGACGCCAAGAGCAAGAUUCAGACCCACCUGGCCAAGACACUGCAGGAAAUCUUCCAAAUGGAGAUGAACAUAGAAGCCAUCAAAAAAGCCAUGAGGGACCAAGGACCUCCGUUCAAAGUGGCUCAGACCCGGCUGGAAGAGCGCACACGGAGACCAAACAUGGAGCUGUGCCGGGACACUGCCCAGCUCCGCCUUGUCAACGAGGUCCAUGAAAUCGAUGAGACGGUCCAGAGCCUUCAGCAGCGUCUGAGAGACACCGAGGACACCCUGCAAAUGCUGGCUCGUGCCAAGUCGAUCUUGCAGCAUGACCUGGCCGUCAAAGCCAACUCGCUCUUCAUCGACCAGGAGAAGUGCAUGGGGAUGCGCAAGACCUUUCCCAGCACUGCGCGGCUGCUGGGUUCUGUUUAG